GGAGACGGACGGCGAGUUAGCGGCACGCCUCGAGGUGCCGUUCCACGCUGGGCGGUCGGAUCGCCAAGAGGGAGGCUCUGGACAGCUUCUGCAGCUGCUGCUGCUGCAAGCUCUGCUCGCAGCGCGGGCCCCAUCCCCCCUUCCCGUCCCCGCCAUGGUGCUGCCGUCGCCCGACCGCGGCCACGUGUGCGUCUUCACGGCGCUGGUGGUGGGCAGCAUGGUGCUGGUGGACGCCUACCUGGUGCAGCAGAACACUGGCCCCCGCCGUGUCGGCGUGUGCAUCAUGCUGCUGGUGGGCGACGUGUGCGUCCUCGUUCUGCUGCGUUACCUCGCCGUGUGGGUGGGCGCCGAAGUGCGCACCGCCAAGCGCGCCUACGCCAUGGCGCUCUGGUUCCUCUACGUGUUCGUGCUCGAGAUCAAGCUCUACUUCGUGUUCCAGAACUACCGCUCGGAUCGCACCGUCUCCUCGUCGCCGGCCACCGACGGCACGGCGCGCAAGCUGCUCACGCUGCUGCUGUCCGUGUGCGUCCCCGCGCUGUACGUCGCGCUAGUCGCCAUCGACCACAUGGGGUACGUGCGGGCGUUCUGGAAGAAGGAGGACCUCCGCAGCCGCAUCUUCUGGGUCGUGGUGGACUUGCUCGAUGUGCUGGAUGUGCAGGCGAGCCUGUGGGAGCCGGCGGCCGCCCUGCAGAUACAACUGCAGCAGCAGCAACAGCAGAGGACGACUCCUCCUCCACCCUGGGUGGAGGGACUCACUUUCUUCUACUGCUACACGGUGAUGCUCGUGCUGCCGUGCGUCUCGCUCAGCGAGAUCAGCGUGCAGGGCGAGAGCCUGGUGCCCCACCGCCUGCUGCUCUACCCCGUGUUCAGCCUCGUGGCCGUCAAUGGCGCCACUGUGCUGGUGCGCCUGCUGCAGGUGCUGCUGUACCGCGACCCACGCGUCUCCGCCGUCUUUCUCGGCAAGAACGUCGUCGCGGUCGGGAUGAAGGUCGCCACCUACGCGAGCCACUGGCGGCGGAGGCGGCGGGGGCGGCAGGGGUGCGGAAGGUCCCGGCGAGAGGCCGGGACCGCGGACGGGGACGCGGGACCCCGCGGGACGGCGGCCUCGCGAGCUUCGUCCUCCACCGUGGACGUCGCCUCCAGCUCCGGGCCCAUCCACCCGUGCCCUCAAUCGCCGCUGCCAUCCACCCUGGGGAUGGAGAUGGGCCUGGAGUUUCAGACGGACUCGGCGCCGCGUUCGUUUCAGCGCCACCAGAAGCAGCAGCAGCAGCAGCGGCGGCGGAGCUCGCGCCACGCAGACGCGUUCGUGUCGCUGCAGAGUCUCCCCGGAGACCGGAGCGUGUCGCCAAUCGAAAGCGACGUCAGGUGAUAUUGUACCGCCCGGAUUCAGAGGGAUGCUGCACGCAUCACGACGACGAUGACGAUCAACACACCGGAUUCAUUUGCGGAAAAAACAUUUGUUCGUGGAAUUUAGCGCAGCAUUUGCACGUACAUUUGGUAAUAAGGGGAAAUUAGUGAAAACUGCCAGGCAGCCUGAAGAACAGAUUUGCACGCAGUGUCAAGAGUGAUUAUAAUUUCUUUUAAAUAUAGCAAUGCAGAAACACAUUAAGGGAUUUUCCAGUGCAGAAGUUAGUUGAAGAUAGUAACAUAAUGUUUCAUUGAUGUUUUAUAAAUUUCGCUCAGUGCUCGCUCUGUUGCGAUAGCAGACUGUGUGUGCGUGGCACCAGGCACCGCUGUAACAAUGACUGCUCCCACAGGAUGGUAAAACGGAACCCUGCGGAACACCAUCUGUGCAGCGGUGUUGAAGAAUCUACAAGAGUUUGAGUCCCGCUCACAGCCAACAUCAGUGACAAUUACCUGAAUCGGUCCUGGGCCUCCCCUAGGUCGACUCAGCCUCAAACGAGUACCUGAUGCAUUGUGUAAACAUCGCCACGAGAUAAAGUCAGUCGGGCGUGGCGAUGGCCACCCACCCCCUCGUGUGCCGUGCCGGCCUUCAGAGGUGCUUGCUAACAGCACUUAUCCUGGUCGUCUGUUAAAAGCUAAAUGCGGGAUGUGUAUUUGUUCUGGAAAAGGGCAAGUCACUUACAUUAUCUUUUGUUGGGGAGGGGGGGUUGACUGUGUGCAUGGGAGACAUAAUUCUAGCCACAAACGUUCAAAUACACAUUACCAGCCUUGAGCAAGACAAACCUUAGCGUUUAAGUGCUGUUACGGUUGAAUGAGCUGCAGCCCUGAGCCUUACCUCAAUUUGGAAAAAAAGGGGUCGAGUGCUAUGAUAAUUGCACCCAGUGUCCGGUGUCAUCCAAUGUAUUCAUCACCCUCACUGAAUUUCGCUGGAACCCUAUCUGCUCAGAAUCCGUUCUAGACAUGCACUCCUGGAGCUUUAAGGGUGUUUGCGUUUAAGCAUCUAUGGGUUUUCAGGAAUAAUGAAGUCCCGACUUUAAGAGAUUGGAGGUAAAACUAUGCCCAAAUAAAUGUUUUAAUGCUUAAACUAUGAAAUGAGAGUGUUGCAACCACCCUCGUUAUUGCUUUAAAUGACUUGUCUCGUGAUAAUUUUUCAUGUAUCGACUUGAAACUGUACAUGAUUUAUGUACCAAUUAAUGUAUUGCUCUACAAAAUAAUUUAUGAAUGUUAAAAACG